UGUGGAACUCACAAGACCGUGGCGCCGCAGGUUCAAUUCCUGCCAGGGACAGUUUUUUGCACUUAAACACAAACGAGCAGCUCCUAUUCGAGUCAAGACUCGAGAGAUCAAAUGAUUCGUCGCCACCGACUGUGAUAACAUAACGUCCAUGGUGGGACGACGAGGACUUUCAGCGCUCAACCUGACGUUCCUCGGUACCGCCUCCGCGCAACCGUCCUUGACGCGAAAUCACUCUGCACUUGCUCUCCGAUUAAAUAGCGAUGUCUGGUUGUUCGACUGCGGCGAAGCUACACAGCACCAGAUCCAAAAGUCCAAAGUAAAGAUGGGCAAGAUUGAAAAGAUUUUUAUCACCCAUACCCAUGGGGAUCACAUCUUUGGUUUGUUGCCCCUCUUGGCAAGUAUGUUGAACGGUGCUGGGGGAACAGCUGAUGGAGUAGAGGAUCCUCGUACACACAUGGUUCAGGACUCGGAUAAUCGUCCCAUUGAAAUUUACGGACCCUUAGGAACCAGGGCAUAUAUCCGAAAUGGCCUCAAGUAUACACAUACCCUCCUGGGGGCGCCCUAUGUCGUUCACGAAUUGCGUUUCCCUUCCGACCCACCAGAUGGUGACUAUACCUCACUUACCCUCCAUGCGUCCGAAUCUCCCAAUGGCCGUAACAUCCCGCAGACAAACGGUGUAUGGCCAGACAUAUAUCACGAUACCAUCAUUUCAGUUUCUGCGGCUCCUAUCUUGCACUCCGUGCCGUGCGUUGGCUAUGUUGUCUCGGAGGCACCUGUGCCCGGCAAGAUGGAUCCUGCAAAAUACAUACCAGAGCUUAAGCGUACAAAGACGUCGAUGUCCGUCAUGAGUCGCCUUCAGCAGGGAGAGAGCGUUGAACUCGCGGAUGGCACAGUCUUACACGGCCCUCCUAGGAGGCCCGGCCGCAAGCUCGUCAUUCUUGGAGACACAUAUGACCCAUCACCAAUAGCGGAGUUAGCUUCUUCUGCGGACUUGCUGGUACACGAAGCCACAAAUGCCCAUUUACCAGCCUUGGAUCCAAAUACUAAAAGUGAAGAUACAUUCGAAAGUGUAGAGGCACGCACAAAAUCCAGAGGGCACUCCACCCCUCAGAUGGCUGGUGCUUUCGCAGCAUGGAUUGGAGCGAGACAUUUGGUGCUUAAUCAUUUCUCGGCCAGGUAUCCGGGGAACGACGAUGUUAAUCCAAUGACGAAGACGAUAAUGGAGGCAAUUGCACGUCUGGCUGGAGAGCACUAUAGCGGGAAAAUUACAUGCGCGAGAGAUUUUAUGAGUUGUGACGUAGAACACGUAUGA